AUGUCAAAUUAUCCUACGAUAAGAAAUCCAUUGCUACCAAGCCCACCCAUGGCUUCGUCUCGCAGCAGAUUCAGAAAGUCUGAUAUACUGAGCAACCUGUCACUAUCCACCACAGCAACGCUGUCAUCCUCCAUCUCUACCGCAUCCAUUCGCAGCUUCAUGAGCCAGACAAUGAGCCAAAUUUCAAAUGCCAGCACAACAUUUCGCUUUGGACACAACAGAAGGAUCAUGCCACACAGCGGCAGUAGCCAAGCCAUGCCCAAGUCAGCAACUGAAAAGAUGCUAUCCACCAAAAAGACAGCAAAGAGCACGGAAACUGAGCCAUUGGUCCAUUACAAUGGUCCUUUCCAUACAUUGGAGUCUCUGCCUGUAGAGAAACUCAACUGGAUCAAGGACGAGCAAACAUCCACGCUGGUAAAAAACCCGCUAACAAACUACACCAAAUCCAUUGUCUUGCGGAAACCCUUGACCCGUAGCCCUACUUACCCUGCCCUCAAUUCCAAUGCUUAUUCUAGGCCUUCACAGACCAAGCCAAAGGGCAUGUUUUAUCUGCGAGUUUUACAAGUCAUUGCCACGGAUACCUCUAAAACUCGCUUGUUCCGCUGUGGUGUACAGAUCAAUCAGGAGACCUGUCUUAGCUCCUAUGUCACUAGUGAGAAGACCGGCAAGCAUAGCUCGAUUGCGCAAUUUGACGAAACAUUCCUAUUUGAUGUAGAUGACCAAACAACGGCUACCAUCAGCAUCUAUGCUCAAAACAAGAGCAGCCAUUUGUUUCAAAGCCGCCAUCAAAAGCAGGAGAUCUGUUUGGGAAAGGAGACAAUCCACAUUACGCUACACCCCAAGUCAAAGACGACAGAGAGGUUUGUGCUCAACAGCAAUCCCAACGCAGGUCUCAGCAAUGACAUUCAGUUGCUGGUUGUGCAUGGCACGUUUGUCAGCCGCAGAACGCAAAACAUGCUCAACAAUACCAUCUUGUUUGAAGACUUUAUCACUGCCUAUGUGCACACAGGCAUGGUUCCUCGAUGGGAUAGAUUCUGGGGUAUAUUGCGUGGAGUUCAAUUUGAGCUGUAUGAUUUUGAAUACAAAGAGAAUCGACCUCCUCUCUACCUGAUUCCGUUGGAUCAUUUCAUAAGCGCAUUUGAUCCCUCCGAAGAAGAUGGCGAGGAGAUCCGCAUUGACAUUGGCGCACGGGGCAUAGUGCUUCAGUUUACAGAGAAUGCGGUCAGCAAGAGCAAGCGAGACUGGGUACCGGAUGAUCUGGAAUGUCGCAUGUAUCUGCUGCCUGAAUCCUUUGCUGCUGCUCGUGAAUGGGAAUCCAAGUUCAACUACGUGGCUUCCAUCUUUGAUGAAGUGAGAGGCUGGGACACCAAUUCGAGCAAUGACUCGUAUCAUGGCAAUGCCAGCGAUACGGAUACCGACUCUUAUGAUGACCAAGACGACGAUGAUGAUGAUGAUGAUGACAAUGAAGCAACGUCUGUUCCUUUAAAAUUAUUAUGGUAA